UCCUCUCUCCUUCCUAUCUUUCUAUAUAUAUUGAGAUCCCAUAGGAAACAUAUGAAAAUCAGCAUCAAUUUACAUAAUCAGAUAAUCUAUCUUGUGUUUGAGAGGUGUUGUUGAUCGAGUAGGAUGAAAAUGGCUAAGAGAGAUUAUGAGCGUGUGAUGAAGUAUUUCGAUGAAGAUGGGGAUGGUAAGAUAUCUCCAUGGGAGCUGAGGAAGAAGCUGGGGAUGAUGGAGGGUGAAGAGUCAGUGAUGAAAGAUGUGGAAUUGUUGGUUGAGGAAUUGGAUUCUGAUGGAGAUGGGUUUGUGAGUUUGGAGGAUUUGGUGAAGCUAAUGGAAGAAGCAGAAGAAGAAGAGAAGAUGAGAGAUUUGGAAGAUGCUUUUGAAAUGUACAAUGACUCUCAAAUGUUAGGCUUUAUAACUCCCAACAGCUUGCAAACCAUGCUUUCUAGGUUAGGUGAAUCCAAAUCCAUUCACCAAUGCAAAUCUAUGAUUCAUCACUUUGAUUUGAAUGGUGAUGGUCUCCUCAGCUUUCAUGAGUUUACAGUCAUGAUGAUGCACUGAUUUAUUCAUAUCUUUCUACACACUCCA